AUGCCAUUCACCGCAACUACACCAACUUUGAAUGAUAUAUUAUCUGAAAUGGACGAUGCUGAUGGUAAAAUAGCAUCUAUUAACGUCGCAAGCAAUUCCUCUAUCCGAUAUCCAUACACUUUGGAAGAAUUUUAUAAAUAUUUGAUAAAUUGUCAUUGCAAUGAAAACCUUGAAUUUCUUCUAGCAACGAAGAAAUUCCUAAUACCAAAAAGGCAAAGAUCAUCAGCACCUGCAUCCUCAACAGAAGAACGAGAACAACAACGACAGAGUUAUAUCGAGAAAUUCGAUUUGAACGCAUGGAAUGAAGAAGUUUAUGACCAAUUCAUAGAUCCGGAAUCUCCAUUAGAAUGUAAUUUCCCACAAAAUAUUAAAUCAAUGUUUGAAAAAUGUUAUAGAGAUAAUAGCAUACCCAAGCAAUGUCAGAUAUUAACUGCAAGACAACAUGCGGCGACGUUGCUAUUGGAUCCUUAUAGAAAAUUCCUUUCUUAUGUUAAUACAUCUCCAAUAUAUAAUAAUAGUUUUACUAGUAGCGAGCAAGCUAUAACAAAUAUCCAUGAAGGCGACUCUCCUGAUGAUGAACGUAGUUUAUAUUCUGAUGACAGUAGUGGAGACCAGCAUGGAUCACGCCACCAGCAUAACAACAACAACAAUCAUGAUAUAUGGACAUCCUCCUCAGAAUUACAAAGAUCAUCAUCCUUGGGGACACCGAUAGAAUGCGAGAAGAAGAAAAGAGGAAUUAGAGAAAUACGUUCCAAAAAUAUUGGAGUAAAUUUAAGGAAAAGUAAGACUUAUGAACCUCAACCAUCGUCACCCUCGAGAAAUAAGUUUUUGGACUCAAGUAAACGAUUUUUUAGUAAGAUGAAAUUUAAAAGUAAGAGAAACGCUCAAUAA